AUGGCAGUAAUAUGGGGCCUCGACCUCCACGACAUGAAAUGGAGUGCUUUCUCCAACUCAUACAUGUGGAAGAACACAGACUACCACAUGCGACGAACAAGAUUCAUCAUCUACCAGUGCGCAAUGAUCCUGUGCGUGGUCAGCGAAAGUCUAGGCACGGCAGCGUUGAGUGACUACGUUGACCAACAAGCCUUCAUGGAAGCUCAAUUUCCGGCCUCAUACGUCCACAAUAACAACUUCAUCGCCAUCGCGUCCUUCAACAUCUUCGUCGGCAUCUUCGUCGCCACCAUUUUCGGCGCCGCCUUCUUCUUCGACCUCUUCUGGCCAGAGCGCCACGAAUCGCCGGCCGUUAAGAUGGCGUGGCGCAUCUGCUCCGUGCUCGCGUGCGUAUUGACACUCGCAUGCGCGCUGACAUACACGAUCAUUGUGGCGACCAAGAGCGCGUAUGUCACGGGGUCAGAUGAGCAAACGGCGGAGAGGGAGCUCGCUAUGUACGGUGGCAGUCCAUUGAAGUAUAGAGAGAAUGGCCGGGCGAUUGCUAGUGUGGUCUUCUUGUGGCCCGGCAUGGUCUUUACAUUUGUGAGCACCUACUUGUUGUGGCACUCGAUCGCACACAUCGACGCACACGGCCCAAAGUCGAUGCACGCGCGUACCCGCGAUGGUAUAUCGAAACCUGUCACUGAAAAGCCCGUCGACAACGGCAGCCUCGCAGAUUCGACAGCUGAUGGCGCUGGGCUCCCACAGCCUGGUCACACCUAUGCGAAGCCGGAAGGGUUCCAUGACCGCAACGCAGAUGCGAAUCACAGCGUCGUAUGA